AGUGCAGCUCCAGUCAGGCCCUUCUGGCCACGGUCCUCCGAGAGCGGGCUGCCCGGCAGGGGGCGCUGGUCAUCGCGUCUCUCCGGGCCGCGCUAUGCUGCUCCGUGACAUCACUUCCAGGGGGAGCUGAGGCGGGUGGUGGGCCCUCGGCCGGCAGCGUCAUGUCCUCGGACUCCAGCAAGAAGAGGAAGCCCAAAGUGAUCCGAACGGAUGGGGGCCCGCAGGAGGGCAAGCGGGGCAAAGCCGAUGGCGAGCAGGAUGCUCGGUACUACAGUGAGGAGUGUGAGGUUGAUCUCCGGGACCCCAUCAAGGACUAUGAACUCUACAAAGAGACGUGCCAGGAGCUUCAGAGGCUCAUGGCAGAAAUCCAGGAGCUGAAGAGCAGAGGCGUCAAGGACAAUGCCUCUGAGAUAGACGAGCGACGCGUUCAGAGCUGCGUGCACUUCAUGACCCUGAAGAAGCUCAAUCGGCUGGCUCACAUUCGGCUGAAGAAGGGCCGAGAUCAGACCCAUGAGGCGAAGCAGAAGGUUGAUGCCUAUCACCUGCAGCUCCAGAAUUUGCUUUAUGAGGUGAUGCACCUGCAGAAAGAGAUCACCAAAUGCCUGGAGUUCAAAUCGAAGCAUGAGGAGAUCGAACUGGUGAGCCUGGAGGAGUUUUACAGCGAGGCUCCCACUGAAAUCAGCCGACCUGACAUCACCCUGACUGAGCCCCACCAGCAGACCCUUGCCCGCCUGGACUGGGAACUGGAGCAGCGUAAGAGACUGGCAGAGAGGUACAAGGAAUGCCAGACCAUCAAGGAGAAGAUCCUGAAGGAGAUUGAAGUGAAAAAGGAGUAUCUGAGCAGCCUCCAGCCUCGCCUCAACAGCAUUAUGCAGGCCUCCCUGCCUGUCCAGGAGUACCUCUUCAUGCCUUUCGACCAGGCACACAAGCAGUACGAGACAGCCCGGCACCUGCCGCCGCCCCUCUACGUUCUUUUUGUUCAAGCCAGUGCCUAUGGUCAGGCCUGUGACAAGAAGCUUGUGGUGGCCAUUGAAGGCAGUGUAGAGGAAGCCAAAGCCUUGUACAAGCCACCUGAGGACUCGCAGGAUGAUGAGAGCGAUUCUGACAUGGAGGAGGAGCAGACCACGAAGCGGCGCAGGCCCACCCUGGGUGUGCAGCUGGAUGACAAACGCAAGGAGAUGCUGAAGCGGCACCCGCUGUCUGUCACCAUCGACCUGAAGUGCAAAGAUGAGAACGUGCUUCACCUGACCUUCUACUACUUGAUGAACCUCAACAUCAUGACUGUGAAGACCAAGGUGACCACUGCUGCUGAGCUGGCGACUGCCAUCAGUGCUGGCGACUUGCUCUCCCCAGACUCCCUCCUGAGCUGCCUGUACCCAGGAGACCAUGGGAAGAAAACCCCCAAUCCAGCCAACCAGUUCCAGUUUGACAAAGUGGGCAUCCUGACCUUGAGUGACUACGUGACAGAGCUGGGGCAUCCCUAUGUGUGGGUGCAGAAGCUGGGCGGCCUGCAUUUCCCUAAGGAUCAGCCUCAGCACACUGUCACUGCAGACAACUCGCUGAGCGCGAGCCACAUGGAGAUGACCAUGAAGCUGCUGAGGACGAGGCUGCAAUCCCGCCUGGCUCUCCACAAGCAGUUUGCUUCUCUUGAGCAUGGCGUGGUGCCGGUGUCCAGCGAGUGCCAGCAUCUCUUCCCUACCAAGAUCGUGUCCCGCCUGGUGAGGUGGGCUGCCAUCCCCUUCGAGGAUUAUGCGGAGCUGCCCUACACUAAAGACGUGGUGGAGGCUGGGCUGGCUGAAGACACCCAUCUCUAUUACAUGGCCCUGAUAGAGAGGGGAACAGCCAAGCUCCAGGUCGCUGUGGUCCUGAAUCCCGGUUACUCCGCGCUGCCACCCAUCUUCAGCCUCUGCCUGAACUGGAAAGGAGAGCGAACCGGCAGCAACGAUGACAACAUUCGGGCUAUGGAGAGCGAAGUCAACGUGUGCUACAAGGAGCUGUGGGGGCCCAAACCGGGCUACCAGCUCCUCACCAACCAGCUGCAGCGCCUCUGCAUGGUGCUGGACGUCUACCUGGAGACGGAGCCCCACGACACCACUGUGGAGGGGCCCAAGGAGUUCCCCCAGGAGAAGAUGUGCCUGCGCCUGGUCAGGGGCCCCAUGCGCUUGAAGCCGUUCAAGUUCAACUACCCUCAGGGAUUCUUCAGCCACCGCUGAGUCCUGCUGGGCUCCCCUGCCUGGGCAUUGCUUUGGGACCUGGCCUCAUCCUGUCUGCAAUGUUCCCUUCCCGUCAUUUCAGUUUCUUUUAUGACGUUUUGGGUCUCAUUUGAGGUUUUGUAACUGAAGGGAUUAAAUGCUGAAUUGGAAGAAGUGUGUG